GCAAUAAAAAUGUGUUGAAUGGCAUCGAAAAAUGUAAAGAAUAUUCUCUAUUAAUAUAAAGUCAAAGUGAAUGCAAACAAAUGGAUCGCUUAUGCCAUCAAUAUUUGAUGGCAAACACAACUCGGAUAUCGCUGAGCAGUUGUUGCCUCAUAUUGUGGAUAUGGUUAUCGCUGUGCACAGCCUUAGAGGGCCAGCGCUCAGGCGGUCUAUUCGGUCAGUCGUCUUCAUCGCCAACAUUUGGCACAAAUGUCCAAAAGAUCACAUUCGGAGCCAUUUUACCGAAAACUUCCUUAAUUACAUUACAGCGACAGUACUAUAAGCGCCUUUUGGAUGCAGUGGAAGCGAUGAUGAAGAAUCGUCAGGCGAAAUACAAUUUCACUAAUUAUUAUCGUAUCGCACAGUCGCAGGUCGUGCUCCUGCCGUUGGCUCCCAGUCCUAUGGAGAUCCUGUCGACGGUCUGCAAUCAACUGCUCGUCAAAGACAUCACAACCAUAUUAUAUAUGACUAAUUCCGAGAUUUGGGGCAGUAAUGCCGCCUCCGCUCAAUACCUCAUGCAAUUGACCGGUUAUAUCGGGAUUCCAGUCAUCGCAUGGAAUGCUGAUAAUAUAGGCUUAGAUCAGAGAGGAGUGGACUCACGGAUACUACAGUUGGCGCCGUCCGUUGAACACCAGGCGUCAGCAAUGCUAAGCAUUUUACGCCGAUAUUCGUGGCACACAUUCUCUAUCGUCACGAGUGAUAUCGGAGGACACGACCACUUCAUACGCGCCUUCAGGGAUAAGGUCUUAUCUAUUGAUGACUUUCGGUGA